AAACGGUCACAUAUGCAGGAGCUCUUAUAUGACUUUCAACAAACGUGAAAACAUUUAAAUCAAACUACAAAUUCUCUCUUAUACAUAUCCCCGCGCCUUACCAUAUAGCCCUCACAUUCAACACAGAGCAAAAAUAUCACUCUUCACGACACAGAUAAUCUAGUCUAGCAUACCAAAUGGGCUUUCAAGUGAGGAAAAGGAGGUCCUCGGAACGCGUUAUGCAAAUACCGAGGCAUUUGACAAAGAACAUGGGGCAAAAGGUGGCCAAAAUUAGAAAGCCAAAGAAGAGAAGUAGGCUUUGGUUAGGAUCUUUUGCUACAGCAGAAGAAGCUGCUAUGGCUUAUGAUGAAGCAGCUAGGAGAUUAUAUGGACCAGAUGCUUACCUAAAUUUACCCCACAUGAGAGCUAAUUUCAAUCCAUUGAACAAAUCACAAAAGUUCAAAUGGUUCUCUUCCAGCAACAACUUUGUUUCAUCAGUAUUCCUUAAUAGCACUGGCAUGCUAAACUUAAGUGCUCAGCCUAAUGUUCAUAUAAUUUACCAAAGACUUCAAGGGAACAGAGGAAGCACCAUCAUUUUCAAGUUCAUCAAUCAGUGAUCCCAAGAAUGAAAUACAGAACUAAACUAAACAGCCCACUUGACAAUUCCACAUGUGGAGGAGAAAAAGGAAGUCAAAUUCUCGUCAUGAAACAAAGUAGUGGUUCAUGAUCAAGAGAAGCCUCAGAUUGAUCUGAAUGGAUUUCUUCAACAGAUUGGAAUACUGAAAGAGAUUAUAAACAGCCUGAUAGAGGUCAUGAUUGUAAAAUCAGUUGUUUCACAGAGUAGGGAGUUUUACUUAGAGAUGACAAUUCAGUUGCUAAUUUCUUUGCUGAUACAACAAGUUACAAUUAAGACACACUGUGCAAUAACAGGUAUAGAAGAUCAUGAGGCAGCAGCAGAGGCUAGUAGAUGUGUUGAUGCUUACAAUGUGAAUGAUGAGUUUAUGUUUUCCUCUUCACUAUGGAACUUCUGAAAAUACUGAACCAUUUUAAUAGGUCUACCGUCUAUACGACUAGAUUUAUCGUAACUGUUUGUAUGCACCAUCUUACUAGAAUCAAAAUCAUCACCAACUAGAGGGGAAACCUUUCAAACCACUCCUGGGUAAUCAAUCCCCUGUUCUUUAGGGGUGGGAGGAUAUUUGCUGAUGUUAGCAGACUUGAACAAGCUAACGGAAACCUUGAUCAUUGGCAUUCUUAACUGACUUUUCCUUGGGAGGUCCAACAAAAUUCCAAAAGGAAAAUAAAGAAGGGGGNGGGGG